GCUACCAAGAUGCCUUUCGCACAUUUUUCUCGCCUCAUUAUCAGUUCUUUCACGCUAAUGGUGAUUUCUCCCUCAAACUCGAACUCAAACUCAACCUCAACACCCUCCACCUCGUACUCGCUGCCACCAUACGCCACUCUAUCUAUACUCACUUUUUAAAUACCCAAUGCGCUUAUCGUCCUUAUCCAAGUCCCUUCUCUUCUUGCACCCAAAACCCCAGUUUCCAAUGGCCAAUCUUACCACCACCAUCGCCACUUCCACUCCAAGGGCUCGUCUCAAGGGCAUCGUCUUCGACAUGGACGGAACCCUGACGGUCCCCGCCAUCGAUUUCGCCGCAAUGUACAAGGCUGUGCUCGGCGGCGACGAGUACCGUCGAAUCAAGGCGGAGAGCCCAUCCGGUAUUGACAUCUUGCACCACAUUGAGAACUGGAGCCCCGAUAAGCAGCAGAAGGCCUACGAGACCAUCACCGAUUUCGAGCGCCAGGGUCUCGAUCGCCUCCAAAUCAUGCCCGGUGCAGCGGAACUCUGUGGCUUUCUUGAUUCAAAACAACUAAGAAGGGGAUUAAUUACUCGCAAUGUUAAGGAAUCUGUUGAUUUGUUUCAUAAACGGUUUGGGAUUACAUUUUGUCCAGCUCUUAGCAGGGAAUUCCGUCCUUAUAAACCAGAUCCAGCACCCCUACUGCAUAUCUGUUCGGUCUGGGAAGUUCUACCAAAUGAAGUAAUGAUGGUUGGCGAUAGUCUUAAGGAUGAUGUUGCUUGUGGGAAGCAAGCGGGAGCAUUUACCUGCUUGCUUGAUGAAACAGGGAGGUAUGACUCCCCUGUUUAUGCUAAUGUGGAUCUAAAGCCAGAUUUCAAGGUGUCUUCCCUUAAUGAAGUUUACUCACUAUUGAAUGAACAUUUCGACCUGGCGCCAUAAUGUCCAUAGCUUUGACCAACGGAGAUUUGACCACGAAGGUAGAGGAUAUUGACAAUAAGUGGUAUUAUUUAGCAAAAUAUGAGGGUUGGUCUUCUGUCCAAACCUGAGUUGAAGAUUUCAGUUUCUAUUUCGGUACUUAAUAUAACCCAUUAGUUUGGGAAAUUACCAAAUUGAUGCAUCCAAUGACAAAGAACCUUUUGCAGAAACAUUAAUAACCCAUCUUGGUGUUGUCAUGUACUGUAUAUGGUGUUCAGCAACUCAUGUUAUUUGGAUGCAAUACUGUUGACUUCUUGUUUUUGUGCAC